GUGUGUAUUUAUUUGUGUGUCCUGGGGCCCUUUACAAAAGUGGCUCGGGGCUGGCUGCUCCAGGGUGCGCGCGGGCGCGGGUCUGCGCCGCUCUGGUCGCCAGCUGGGCCAGGCAGUUCGGAGCGUGGCUGUGCCAGGUGCUCUGCCGACGGUGUCGGGCACCCUGGCCGCCGGCCUACAGCGAGCGGGCGGCUUCGGUCCGUCGUGGAAGCGUGGGGGUGGAGCGAAGGCGCAGGCGGCGCUGUCGGGCGCUGCCCGGGCCAAGGCGGAUGGGCUGGCACGCCCACGGCACGCGCUGACGACCGGGCCAGCGCGCCCAGAGCGUGUGAGUUCGCGGGUGGGCCCGGAGCGCCCGGGGAAGGCUAGUGAGCGGCUGGGCCGGCACGCCCUAGCAGCACGGCAGUCGGGAGUAUUCCUGUUCUGGAUUCUGUAUGGAUAACCCACUGCAGAGCAGUGUAAAAUCACAUGGAAUCCGGCCGCUGGAGAGGGGAACGCCUCCUUGCGGAAUCCGGCCAGAAUUCGUGCGAGACUUCACGCGGGCAUCUGCGCGAGUGUGCUGCGCGUGGACAGCGGCAGUCAGCAACGAGGAGCCGGCAACGUAAGUCGAUGCAUCGCGUCUGCGAAGCGUCCGGCCUGACGUCCAGCCAGGUGAUCUCCGUGGCACUGCUCGCCGACCUCGCCGAGGCUCGCGGCCCAGCUCCGCAGUGCGCAGAAGCCCGACCGCGGCGCGGCGCUCCGCGCGCCGACGGUGGGCCCCGAGGCGGCCCCGAGGCCGGCUGCGCGGCUGCCCGGUUGGCCGCCGUGCACGGCCGGAGGGUUCUAUGCGUGGCGGCAGGCGCCGCGGCGAAGUUGACAGCGGGCCGCCUGGCGCAGCAGGCGCUGGGCUCGAAGGGCCCAGGCAUGGCUCAUGAGGAUUGCGAGAAGAAUCAGGACGACUCGGAGCUGUCAGCUCAGGCGAUCUCCUCUGGGCAGCAGGCGCGGGACCGUGCCGGCGCAUUCGGCCCCCUCACGAGAUACUUCAGGGACAGCUACUUGUCGGGCGCUCCGUAUUAUGGCCCCGAGUACACCCUGUGCGAGGAGGAGCGAUCACAGCGAGGCAUGCUGACGCACGACCUGUCGGGCAUCCAGAUCUGGGCAGAGGCGCUGGACCUCCGGAGCGCCGCGUCGGACAGCACGUUCGUUGUGCUGUACCACUACACCAGCCGCGACAACUUCGAGCACUUUGCGGACCGCGGCCGCGCCGAGGCCGAGAUAUGCGAGGGCCUUUCAGAACCAUGUGGAAGCCAUGGGCGAGGCAUCGUCGCCUCGGCCACCGAGCCGGGCCAGUUCGGCUCGGCGGCGGCGGUGCUGCAGAACUUCGCGGGGCUCUCGCCGCGGUGCGGCGACGACGGGGCGGAGUUCUGCAUCCCGAUGCUGGUGCCCUGGUGCUUCGCGAACGAGGUGAGCUCAAAAGACGCUCGCGCUUCUGCCGCACACGACGCCUGGGUCGUCCAACUCAGCGAGGACGGCAUGAUCCUGCUGCAGGAUACGAGCUUCGAAGCAAGGAUCGCGCUCGCCCGCAGGAGGGUGGCGCACUGCGAGCGGACGCUAGGUCCGACGCACGCGAGGACGCUGGCAUCGCUGAGCAACCUCGCCCUGCUGCUGGCAAACGUGUGGAAGCCCGACGCCAUGGAAGGUCCGCAGGAGGAGGCGCAGUUUGCCAGUGAGGCCGAAGACGGCAGGGAUCAGGGGGAGCAGGCCGGGCUGAAGUCCUUGACCGCCCUCAGCAACCACGCCUUCUCGCUGAAGAAGAUGGGCAAACUCCAGGAGGCCGAGCCGCUCAGCCGGCGGGCCCUAGAGGCGCACGAGAAGAUGCUGGGCCCCGUGCACCCGUGCACGCUGACGGCCCUGAGCAAUCGCGCCGUGCUUCUGCAGGCCACGGGCAAGUACAAGGAGGCCGAGCCGCUGUGCAGGAGGGCGCUGGAGGCGCGCGAGCAGGUGCUGGGCGUCUCGCACCCGGACACCCUCACAUCCCUGAGCAACCUGGCGGCGCUGAUGCAGACCAUGGGGAGGACCCGGCUGACGGAGGCGGAGACGCUGUGCAGGCGGGCCCUGAAGCUGAAGAGCGCGAGCCUGGGCGUCAGCCACGCGGCGACCCUGGUCUCCAUGAGCAACCUGGUCGCGGUCCUGUGCGAACUCGGCUCCCUGGAGGAGGCCGAGCCUCUCUGCAGGCGCGCGCUCGAGGGCCACGAGGAGAAGGCGGCGGCCCCUGGCAUCGCCAGGGCCCUCAGAACCAAUAUCAAUCUUACUGGCUCGGUGCCCGAACAUGGUCAGGUAUUUGAUGCCAUGUGCAAUGCGCAUUAUUUCUAG